UUUUACACUCUCUCUCUUAAAUCAUGAUGUGAGGUAUCUAGGUUCGCUUAAAAAUUUGGUCUUUGAAGAAAGUGUAUUACGAGAUUGAAACCAUAGUUGGGACUUGGGAGAGGAUUUGUUUUUUUUGCCAUAUUUUUAUAUUAGAUUAGAUAUCUUUGGACUAGAUGGAAGAUGAUACAACAAUGCCACAAGAAGAUCAAAGAAAUUGUGAUGGUAGAGGCAUUGGGGUUCUUGGUAGAUCCUCUUCCAAAAAGUCAAAGCAGAAAAAGGUGCCACAAAGAGGGCUUGGUGUGGCACAGCUUGAAAAGAUUAGACUAGAAGAACAACAAAAGAGAGAUGCAGUUACAAUUUCACCUUCUCCAAGUACUCUGUCACCAACCAAACCAUCCUUUAUGCCUCUCCCAAUGAAGAAUUUUCAUGACUCCAACCAAUCCUCUUCUACAACUCUCUUACCUUGUGAGCCACCAUCUGAGUUUAGGUCCCCUUUGUCAUUACAACAACAACAACAACAAAACAUGGAUGCUAAAGUUUCGAGCACUGUUCCAUUGGCAAACAGUGUUGGCUUUGAGGCUAGCCGGCCUAUUGUUCCUGGACAUGGGAAUGUUCCCAAGUGGUGGAGCUCCUAUCAGUUUGAUUCUGAGAAGAACAGCUUUGGAGUGGACCCAGGAAUGCCGGUUCUACCAAGUUUGCCUUUUGAUUCCAGCCCCAUUUGGCCUUUGCCCAAUUUGGUACAGAGAACACCACAAUAUCAGCAUCAUUCUUCUUCAUCAGUGGUGAAUGCCUCAUCAGGAACUUCGUCAACAUCUAUGUCUCAUUUCACAAUAGAGCCCCCUUCAAACCAAAACAAUAAUGGCAGCAGUGUGCCUGUGAGGCCAAUCGAGAAGAUGGUUGGCAUGAAAAGGCCAUACCCUUUUUCCUUGGAUUUUCCUCAAGCCCCUGCUUUCAAUUAUAAUUCAACCCCCUUCCCUGAAAUAAGAACAAAUGCAAGAACUUUGUGCGGCAAUGGAGGCGGAUUUAACUUUGAUGCUGGCAGUUCAACUUCCAGAGAAGUCUCAUCCUGUUCAACAUCCAACUCUGAGUUGAACUCAAAGAAAAGAAGUGAAGAGAAUGGGAAUUUCAAUGGAGAUUUUCUCACGUUAGCUCCUCCAACUCCUACUUCAUAUCCUCCUUCAAAGUCCAUGUUGACAUCAACUUACCUAGCAUUUCACAAUCACAACCAGGGAAAUGUAGGAGAUCAAAUUCCUACGGCACCGGUAUACAGGCCAUUCAAUCAACAAAAGCAGCCAUUUUAUGGCUUCUUCGUUCCAGAACCAAAGGAGGAGCAAAAUGGACAAACAGCAGCCAGGAUUCAGAAUGGCCAUGAAGUGGGAGAAAGUGUUGAUCUUAAUUUGAAACUAUGAAAUAGAACUUCUAGGCUAGUUGUUGCUCACUAUGAAAUUUGCAUAGUCAUCUUUUAUUUUACUAGUGGUAGUAGAUAUUCCUAAAUGUGCACAUGUAGGGUUGAGUAAGAAAAGGACUAUAAGUCAUGGCCAUGUGAGAAUUAGGACUGGAAAAAGAAAGGAUAGAUGUUGAUUUGCUUGUUUUGAUGUGCAAUGCUUAUGAGCUUUUUGAUGAAUUCAAACUCUAGUUCUAUGCCUUU